AUGGACAUAAAUAGCGCUACUGUUUUGGCUACAAUUUCUACUGGCGCUGGUUAUUCUAUAUUAGAAGAAACACACUCUGUUAUGUCCAUUCCGCCAAUGUCUAAUCGCCGAUAUAACGAAGAACAUAAGAAACUUUCCUCUGUUGUAACUAAAACAGCCUGGGCAACAAUGAUUGAAGCUGGAAAAGAAGAAGCUUCUUUAGCAACACAAGUUGGUGAUGUUGACGACGACGGUAUACCGUUUAUAACAGUAAUUGCCGAUGGUGGAUGGUGCAAAAGGUCCUAUAAAACCAAUUACAGUGCUUUAUCAGGAGUGGGUUGCAUUAUCGGUGCCUCAACAGGGAAACUGUUAUAUUUAGGAAUCCGAAAUAAGUACUGUUCGGUAUGUGCAAGGGCAGAGAGUAGGAGGCAAAAUGUGGGGCAACAUACAUGUUUUAAAAACUGGAUCGGUACGUCAACAAGUAUGGAAGCCGAUAUUAUUGUGGAAGGUUUUAAAAAAAGUGUGGAGAUGCAUGGCGUAAGGUUUAACCGUUUGGUGGGUGAUGGUGACAGCAGCAUCAUGAAAAAAUUGGUGAAAGCCAGGCCAUAUGGAAACCGGCCAGUUCAUAAAAUUGAAUGCAGAAACCAUUUGCUCAGAAAUUAUUGCAAUAAAAUUCGCGAAAUAAGUAAAAGGCCACGAAGCAAUAGUACCAAUAAGCCAGUACCAAUUGCAAUUCGUCAAUCUUUGAAAGCGAAUAUUUUGCGGUUACGAAUUGCAAUUAUAAAAGCAAUGAGACAUCGAGCAUUGGAUUCUAGUGUGGACUUGACAGAAAAAGUAACAUUAUUAAAAAAGGACAUAUUAAAUAGUCCACAUCACAUUUUUGGUGACCACGAAAAAUGUGAGGCAUAUUAUUGCACAGGUCCAAAACCAAGAGAAAAAAAUUUAGUCCCUGAUAUGACCGAAUGUGGUGUUUUUCAAGACUUAAAGUCAUGUUUAUAUAGAUUAGAAUAUUUUGCCUACAGCCUCAUCCUCAACAUGACGAAUAAUUCUGCCGAAUCAUACAAUUCAGUUGUAUGUAAAUUUAUUGGUGGCAAAAGAAUUAAUUUUGGUUUGAGAAAUUCGUAUGAAAUGAGGUGUGAAGCUGCUGGCAUAUCAUACAGUAGUACCGGAAAUUAUUACGAGCUCUUACACAAUGCCUUCAAUAAAACAACUUCCACUGUUACCAAAAAAUAUAUUUCGAAGAGGAAGAAAAUAUUAAACAAACAUCGUGAUACACCGCGGAAGAAAAAGCGCCUGCCUCCUGCCUUUGCAGACGAAGAUUAUGGGGAAGAAGAACCUACGAAUCCUACAAUUACAGAUAUGCCAGAAGAAAAAUUUUCUGAUGAAUGUAUAAAAUUUAUAAAUUGUUUAAAAAAAACUGCCGACGAAAUUUCUGUGGUGGAAAUAUCCACCAGAGGGCAAAGUUCAAAUCCCUUGUGGCUAGAGAAACGUCGUAAACGGUUGACAGCGUCAAAUUUCGGAAAAAUUGUUAAAAUGCGCCGGAGUACAUCAUGUGUAAACACCGUAAAAGCUCUUUUGUACAGCACAACCAUUGAAUCAAAACCAAUUCAUUAUGGAAGAGAAAGUGAGGCCAUCGCAAAAGCGGAGUUUUGCAGUAAAACUGGAUUGGUUGUUGAAGAUUGUGGUUUGUUUAUAGGUAAGGACGAAGAGUAUUUUUUGGCUGCUAGUCCUGACGGUCUUGUGGGCAACGAUGCCAUAAUUGAAAUAAAGUGUCCUUACACUGCAAGGGAUAUGACAGUGGAGGAGGCUAUAGAACAAAAAAAAAUCGAUUAUGCCUCUCUCACUGAAAGAGGUGAAAUAAUUCUAAAGGAAAAUCAUAAUUAUAUGUAUCAAGUCCAGGGGCAACUUCAUUUAAGUGGACGGGACGUAUGCUAUUUCAUAAUAUGGACGAAGAAAAAUUUCGCCUUUCAAAAGAUCCAAAAACAAUCAACAUUUUGGGAAAACAUGCAAAAAAAUUUAAAAACUUUUUAUUUCAAAUGUGUAUUACCUGAAUUAGUGGAUCCUAGGUUUUCCAGGCCUCCACCUCAUAAUACAAUUCGGAAUCCCGAUCGAGGAGAUUUACUUUAAAAGUGAAGAAAGAAUAAUUUGUCGCAAUUAAUUAACAAGAAGUAGAAUGAAAGUCCUAUUUAAUAUAAAAUCUUAUUUAUACAAAUAUGUAUAAAUAAGAUAGUUGAAAGAAAGGUCGUAUCUUUUAUUUAUAGAAAUAUAUGAUGUAUAUUUUUCAAAAUUUAGAAGCCACUCUGUAGCCUACGUUCUCUUUUUCAGACUUUUUAUUGAUAAACCUGCAAUUAUUGCUGCGCAAACUCCUUGAACACAUGAUAUAUUUGAGUCCUAGAUCAAAAAGUGGACUACUUAUUAAGUAGACAAAUAAAAUUAUCAAAAAUUUUGUUCCUAGACCCAAUGUGAAUACAAUAAAAUUGUACAUACUUAUAUUACAAUACAUUGUUUCUUUUCUACUUCGAUAUUUAUUAAGAUAUUUAUUAUCUUUACAAAACAUAUCAUUUGUAUUUCACUGUUCGGUUUUCUGGUUCACACUUAUUCAGCAAACCAACUCUCUAUCAAACAGUUCCAAUACGAAAAUAUUGUUUUAAAUCAAGUGACGUUUAUAUACAUAAAUUAAGUUCAAAUAAAAUUAUUAAUGUAAUGUUAUUAAUACAUUAUUACUAGCUAUUAUACUAUCUAUAUCUCCCGAUUAUUAUCAUUUUGUUAUUUAAAAUAAAUGGUAAAGCGAAA